UUAAUAUGCUUUGUCCCAAGGAACAGACCACUUUUUUGAGUACUUACCAUACAACACCUGAUUUUGAUAAGCCAUUAAUAGCGUAGUGUGUUUAAUGACGACAGUAAGGCUUUGAAAUGGUGCCGAUAGUGUUUAUGUUAAGAACUACAUAAUGACCAAAGAAUAACUUUCGUUACUUUUGAAUUUGCUUGCAUUGUCGGGCAAGGAAUAAAUUUGCAUAUAAAAGUUUUCUUACAUAUAUUUUACAUUUAGGAAUUCAAAGUCCAUACUACAUGCACUGAUACAAAGAAAUGACUAAUUGACAAUUUAUUACGCUCAAUAGGUUUUAGAUGAAUAAAUCCUUUCAAUACAAUAAAAUUGAAAAAAAAAGACUAAAAUAAAAACAAUUAAUGAUGGCAUCGGAGAUCCUGCAUAUGGAAAAUCCUUUUAAGGCUGUAAUGCAGUUAAUAAUCGAUUUAAUAAUUUUCUGGUUAAAAGCGAUCUUUUACACGUUGGAAUCAUUGUAUUAUACAUUAGCGCCUAAUCGACUAAGAAAAUUAAAGGACAUUUCUAGCCAAAUCGUUUUAAUUACCGGAGGAGGAGGAGGGGUUGGCCGACUUUUAGCAUUAAGAUUUGCAAAAGCAAAUGCGAUAAUUGUUGUCUGGGAUAUAAAUAGAGAAGCUAUUCAGACUACAAUUGAUUUGUUGGCAAAGUAUGGCAUCCACAAUUGCACUGGUUAUACUGUCGACAUCUCUAAUCGCGAAGAAGUGUACCGAAAGGCUGAACAAACAAUAUCUGAAGUUGGACAUGUAGAUAUACUUGUGAACAAUGCCGCAAUUGUAUGCUGUCGACCAUUUUGGGAUUUACCCGAUCGUGUUAUACAAAACACAUAUAACGUUAAUAUAAUUGGGCAAUACUGGACUGUAAAGGCGUUUUUGCCCUAUAUGAUGCAUAGAAACAAUGGACAUAUCGUCACAAUUAGUUCUGUUACCGGAAUGUUAGGCACAUACGGUUGCGUAGACUACAGUGCCACCAAAUACGCCUGCAUAGGUUUCCAUGAGAGUCUUUUCACUGACUUGAAGACUCACGGUUAUCACGGCAUUCAAAUGACGCUUGUCUGCCCGUAUUACAUUAACACAGGAAUGUUCAACGGUGUUCGUCCGCGACUAGUUCCGAUGCUGGAACCCCAAUAUGUAGCCGACAAGAUUGUUGACGCUGUUCGCAAAAAUGAGGUUUGGUGCGUUUUGCCAAAUUCCAUACGCUUGCUAACGCCGUUGAAAUGCUUAUUGCCUGCAAAAGUAUGUUGGGAAUUAAUGUCCCGUGUGAUUCGUGGACCCGAUUCAAUGAUGAUGUUUGAGAGAAGAGGUUGUUUGGCCACUGGUUGAUUUACUCAUUCAAAAUUCGCCUAU